AUGGACGCAGGUUUAAAUAUGAGCGGUGGAGGCAAUCAAUUCGAUCUGCAAUUUCCUAUUCCAGAUCUCAGCACUUAUGAAAGUCCAAGUGGGUUCACGGUCUCAGGAGGACCUACUAGAAAUCGUAGAGCACGGCUACAUUUAGCCACACCUUAUUCAAGGAAUAAUAACCGACCUGCACAGGUUGACAAUACAUCGAUAAACUGGUUGCGUGCUCUAAUCAAUAAAUUUAUUUCUGUGCCGAAUUUUAUAAGGAGAUUGUUUGAGUCGGUUGAGGCAACUCCUCAAAGGGAAAGUCAAAGGGGUGAAACGUCACCAAGACAUGAACGGUGGAAUGAGAAUGAAAUGGAUGUAGAUCAGCAGCAACCAAAUGGUAUUGUUCAAGGAAGAUUGGUGCAAAGCAAUAGGAUAUUCGAAGAGCCAAUAAAUAAUCCAAAUGGUUUAAAUUCAAGAAGUCGUCAUCGACCAGAAAUGAUACCAAACAACGCUAUUAAGCGUAAAAGAUCUGAGGAUAAAUCCGUUUCUAUAGAUGCUAUUGAAGAGGAACUGGUUAAACAGGAACAAAUUGAAGACCAAAAUCAUAAACCAGAUUUGAAGGAGCUUUAUCUUAAAAACAUUAGUCCAGAUUGGUAUAAACCUUUUAAAAACAAUCCAGAUAAAUAUCCUAAGUUUGCUUCUUCUUUGAGGGUCACAUCAGAUAUAUAUGGUCCCGAUCAAAACUUAAAUUCACCAAAAGAAUCACCACCUCCUAAAAAGUUCAAACCUUCCAUAGUUCCUACUCCACGUUGGUUUGAUUAUUAUCCACUGGAUAAAGAUGAGAAUACGAUUGACAGAAAAAGAACUGAAAACAUAGUUGAAAAGAGAAAGGUUGAAGAAAAAACUAUUGAAAAAGACAAAGUAUUACAUCGAAGCAAAAAGGGUAAAGAAAAGGCAGAAAAUGUAAAUUUGGAAAUUAAGCCGAUUGAGAAAAUAUCAACUGCAACUAAUCGUAUAAGUCCGGUGAAAGAUCAAAAUUAUUUUUCUAUUCUACCACCGCCAGUUUUAGCAUCGACAUCCAGCACGACCUUCCCUCCAAUUGGAAAUAUUGGAAAUCAGUCACAGUUAUCACCUGUCGCUGAAAUUUCUAUUACAAUGGAGGACAAAGAAAAUAAUAUAACUACUCCAGUCACCACUUCACAGAACGUAAAAUCUCCUUCUUCAAUGGAGUCUGUUGAGUUUACUCAUGAAACCGAGAAUAAUGAUACACCAACACCAUCUGUGAAUAACCAUUUUGCGAAUUCAACCGCAAAAGAUAAAAUAGAAACACGACAAUCUACGCCUUGGUUCAAGACAGUUCCUGUUGAUAAUGAGAGUCCGUUGCCUUUAUUAUCUGAAUCUAAUAAUGACAUAUUGGUUGAUAAGCCAGCUCCUUUAAUUGUUAAUGAUAACCAUAAAGAACAAGUUUCUACAUCUUUAUUUAUUGAUUCCACAAAAAAUGUUGAAAAAAAGGUUUCGUUAACUGAAUUUCCACAAAAACUAGCUCAAUCAACACCUAUAACCAAUGAGCAAAAAGAUAUUGAUAGUGGUAGCAUUAAUUCGUUGUUUAAUACCAAUAAGGAUCAUCUUAUACCUUCAAAGCCUUUUGCUCCUCUAGUUUCAAAUAACUUGAAGGAAGAGGCCCAGCAAUUUGUACCAACAACCACUCUAUCAUUAGAAAAUAUAAAAGAAACAGGGAAAUCCCAAGCAGAUGGCGGAAAGGACGAGGAGAAAAUAACAAAAGCAAUCGAGCCUCAACCGCAAGAAAAUCCAGCUUUAAAGUUUCAGAACAGUCUGGGAGCUAACACAACAGCUCCUUCAAUUUUCUCUACAAAUUUGCCGAUAGAUAAUAAAAAUUUGCCAUUAAGUCCGGCAUUUGCUUCGAAACCUGAUUCAACAGCUACACCAACUACUGUUACGGCAAAUUUUUUCGGUUCUACAGCUGCACCAACUCCUUCCACGAGUCAACCCUUUAAAUUUGAUACUAGUGGAUUAUUUAGUAAUAAUUUAAUGUUUUCGAAUGUUUCGAAUGAUGGAGACAAUAAUGGAAAAUCAGACAAAUCUACAAAACCAUACAAGUCUACGACUCGGUUCAAAAAGAAUAAACGUUCGUGUGGAACUUCUGGAUCAGGUUCGGAAAAUACGUUAUCAAAUCAAAAAACAACUUCGGUCGAUCAAAAUUCAAAUAGGUUACUUGUUUCCACAUCUGGACAAUUUAAUUUCUCAAAGCCAGAAAUUUCAACAUCAUUAUUUAAUACACAGACACCGUCUCAGCCAUCCUUUAAUUUUAAUGAAAUCCAAACGCAGCAAACAUUAUCAUCAUCAUCUGGUCCUAUGUUUGGUUCUAAUGUAAUAACUUCGUUUGGUACGAGUCCAUCAGAUUUUAUGUUUGGUGCGAGUCAAACUACUUUUACUUUUGGAAAUUCAAGUCAUGUGGCGUCUACCGGGUUCAGUACAAGUUCAGUUCAUUCUGGAAGUAUCUUUGGUGCGAACCAAAGUUCUAAUGCAUCAACUGGAUUUACUGGAUUUGGAGCACCAAGUUUAUCUAAUUUCGAAAAUCAAAUGACACAAAAUGGUCACCAAAAUAACUUGUUCCAAUCACAACAAAAUGAUUUACCGACGAUGCCAUAUCAACAAGAAAGUUUAUCCCAUCCUCCUUCAUUAAACUUUAAUUUUGGCGUAAAUGGUAAUAGUGGCCAAGGAUUUAGCAAUAAUAAUCCAAUGGUUCCAAACCAAAACCAAGGCUUUAAUAUGUCUAGCGAAAGUAUUUGUAUUAGUCCAAAUACAAUCAAUCCCUCGAUGUUUAGUUUUCAUAGCGGAUCUGAUGCUGCUCCACAAGGAACGGCUCAAAGAAAAAUUAGAAGAAUGCGCACCAAGCGUGCACCACGCAAUUAA